AUGGGUGCAGCUGGUGGAGUAUUUCUACGCUUCUGCGGGCUCCUUAUUCGUGUACUGCAAUUCCUUGACGCCGCCGUCAUCCUCGGUAUCUUCUCAUACUACCUCGCUAUCCUCUCAAAACAUGAUCAAACCAUCGAUACAUGGCUGAAGGCCGUUGAAGGCCUGUCCGGUGCAGCCACAUUAUACAGUCUGCUCGGAAUACUCUUCGUCUGCUGCCUUGGUGGCGUUACAUUCUUCGCUUUUCUCGGCGUGGUCUUCGACGUCCUCUUCACUGGUGCUAUGGUAGCCAUCGCUGUUUUGACUCGCAAGGGUACCAACAGCUGCACUGGUCAAGUCGACACCCCCAUCGGCUCAGGCAAGGCAAGCGACGAGAGCCCUUCCAAGCUCAGUUACGGCAUGGCCUGCAAGUUAGAGAAGGUCGUGUUCGCAGUUUCGGUGAUUGGAAUCUUCUUCUACCUGAUCUCAAUCCUCUUCCAGGUCCUUUUGGCUCGCCACCACAAGCGCGAGAAGCGCUUCGGUCCUUCCCCUGCCAACGGCUACACUUCUGGUAGCCGCAAGUGGUUCUGGAGCCGCAACAAGAACAACCCCGAGACCAACGGUGACAAUGCUUUGCCAGGUCACCCCACUCCCGCUGAUGUGGAGUAUGGAACCGAUCCUAAGGCUGAGAAAGGCUGGUUCGGUGGUUGGGGACGCAACAAGAAUGCCGCUGCUGCGAACGGCACCACUGCGACGAGUGCCGCCAAUGGCAAUGGAUAUGGAUAUGGCAACUCUGCUUACACUGGUAACUACUGA